AUGGCUUUCCUUAACAAGCUUGGGAGUCUAGUGAGGCAGUCCAUUUCCCAGAAUGGGCAAGUUCCUAUGGCAUCCAUGGUGAACACGAUUCGCUGCAUGUCUUCAUCAAGGCUUUUCGUUGGAGGGCUUGCAUGGUCAAUUGAUGACCAAACUCUCAGGGAUGCAUUUUCUAACUUUGGGGAAGUGACUGAUGCAAGGGUUGUCGCUGAUAGACAUACCGGGAGGUCUCGAGGAUUUGGGUAUGUUUCAUUUGAAAGCAAUGAAUCUGCUGACGAAGCACUGUCAGCAAUGGAUGGCCAGGAUUUGGGAGGAAGAUACAUUCGUGUGAGCCAUGCAAAUGAAUGGAAACCUUACAAUAACAGUUACUCCCUGGAUCAAAGAGUGGAGGUUGCUAAUGAAUGGAAACCUUACAACAACAGUUAUGGAGGCAUGUUGAUCAUAAGUGAUGAUGCAAAGGGAAUUUUGAAUGUACCUAUAACUGAUUUUAUGGGUGUAUUUGAAAAGGAGGCCAAGCAAAUGGAGGCAGACGGAGAGGACACCCACACUUCAUUUUUUAUACCCAGCAUUUCUGCCUCUGCUCUAGAUCUGUUGCCAGUGGUGGUGUUGGGGCUGAGCAAUUUAUUCCAAAUGGCUUUCGUUAACAAGCUUGGGAGCCUAGUGAGGCAGUCAAUUUCCCAGAAUGGGCAAGUUCCAAUGGCAUCCCUGCUGAACUCCAUUCGCUGCAUGUCUUCAUCAAAGCUUUUCAUUGGAGGGCUUUCAUGGUCCACUGAUGACCAAACUCUCAAGGAUGCGUUUUCUAACUUUGGGGAAGUGACUGAAGCAAGGGUUAUCACUGAUAGAGAUACUGGGAGGUCUCGUGGAUUCGGGUUUGUUAGUUUCGAAAGCAAUGAAUCUGCUGAUGAAGCACUGUCAGCAAUGGAUGGCCAGGUGAGAAAUAGAAUGUUUUUGAGGGAGUUUAGUGCUCUGAUUCCUGAAUUAUAUGUUAACCGUUCUACGCGGAUGUUGCAGGAUUUGGGAGGAAGAAACAUUCGUCAAUCAGAUGCCCCAUCUUCUUUAACUGAUGGACCCGGAAUCCGGUGGGGUUCUACAAGCUUGCAAGGCCCACGUGAAGAGAUGGAGGAUGAUAUCGUAAUUCGAUCAGAUGGCCUUGAAGGGUUCUCCUUUGUAGCUGUUUUUGAUGGUCAUUGCUGGUUUCUCUUCUGUGAAUUUCCUCAGGUUUGA